AUGUCCACUUUAUCUUCUCCAACCGCUUCAACAUAUUCGGGUACCUUUUUUGGCAGCACUGCCAAAAAUCGUCCUCCCGCAAACGCAUAUAUUAAAUCUCAUAAAAGUGUUUCUUUCUCUUACGCUGGUGACAAUACUUCUUUUCAACAAGGAAUAUUAGGUGAUUCUGAUAGUUAUUUAGUGGGUACUUUACACUUAAAUUAUGGAAAACAAUAUCAAGUUAAAGAUAUUACCCUGAAUCUCAAAGGCACUGAAAAAACUACUUGGUAUAAAGCUCAAGCUAGAACAAAAGCUCUUUAUUCGGGUGAACAAAUAGUUGUUGAUCAUUCUCAAGAAAUUUGGAGAUCUAAUGAAAAAGAAAUUUUAAAUUUAGAUGUUCCUUUUAAAAUUAAAAUUCCUUAUAAUUUACCUGAAUCUAUUACUACUGAUGUUGGUACUGUUAGUUAUGUUCUUCGUGCUAUCAUUCAUCGUAAAGGUGGUUUAAUGUCCUCUUCUACUCAAAUUGUUGAAGUUGAUUGUCCUUUAAAAAGAACUAUAAUUUUAGAUAAUUCAAAUCUUUCUUUAUUUAAACUACGUGGUGAAUCAAAAAGUAGUGUAGAUUAUUCUUUUACUUUACCUGCUAAUAAGAAUUUCAACCUUGGUACUUAUGUUACUAUUCCUAUAAGAAUGAGAUUCUUACGUCCUGGUGUUAGUGUUGAAAGAAUUGAAGUGGCUCUAAAAAGUUGUAUGGACUUUAGAUGUAGUAAUCCAAAUGAAACUCGUCAUGUUAAAGAAAAUGUUGUCUCUUUGGUUAUUGCUCGUCAAGAAAUUAGAUCUCAAAAUAUGGAUGGUGAAUAUUCUCAUACUAUCAACUUAUUUAUCCCUCGUAGUAUUCAACCUACCUAUUCUGGUCGUUUUAUUAGUAUCUCCCAUCAAUUUUGUGUAAAAUUUUGUUUAUGGGGUGCUAAUGAGGAUUUUCAAGUUGAAGAAAGUAGUCAUACUCCUUCUCCUGAACAACCUUCUCCACAACUCAUUCCACAGCAUCUUAAUAGACCUCCUCAUCAACCUACUGCUAUGGUUAUACCUUCUUCUGAUGUUCAUCAUCCUGAAGAUAUUAUCCUGUUUAUCCUGAAGAAACAACAAAUAGCUGCUAUUCACCAUCAACAACAAUUAUAUAAUAAAAAAAGUCCAAGUUCUGUUCCCGUUCAUGUUCCUGUUCCAAGACUUACUCCUCCUAACACUCACUCUCGUAGUACUUCAAAUUCUUCACAUCUUAAUGUUGUUAAUAUGAAUGAUAGCAUGCUUCCUCCUUCUCCUUCUAUAUCUCCUUCAAGACUUAAUGUCAUUAACAAUGCAUCAAAAUUGCCUCCUUAUGCUGCACCUGAACAAGUUUACGCUCGUCGUUCUCCAAAUUUAACACCUCAACAAAUUGUGAAUUCGGAAAAUCGAAAGGAGAAUAAAUUGGAAAUAAACACUACUCUGCAACCCCUUGAAACCUCUCCACCUUCUUAUAAAGAACGUUUAACACCUACACCUGAAGAG